UUCUUCUCAUAUAAGAUGAGCCUUCUCCCGCUACUUUAUCUGAUACCUUAUGUGACUGGGCAGAUUUUUUCCGUCCACCAAGAUAUCAACGCUUCGAAAAAUGGUAGUAGUGGUACUGUUACGUCACCUGGUUAUCCUGGAAAUUAUCCAAACAAUGCAAAUUACACAUGGACCCUGACAACUGGAGAUUCCAACGCAAGGGUCGUAAUAAACAUUACUGACUUUAGUGUGGUACAGUACCGCUUUACUUCAAAGUGUGAUGAUUAUUUACAGAUAGAGAGGAUAGAACCCAAUUACGCGCUAAUUAUGAAGAGAUGUGGUGAAAUCGUUCCAUAUAAUGUUAAGUACAAUGGGAACAUUUUCUUCGUUACAUUUGUGUCAGAUAACAUUCACAAAGCUAGAGGGUUUAAUUUGUCCUGGAAAGUAUACAUCCCUGAUACAACAACAAAACGAACGACGACAACAACAACAGAGAUAACAACAACAAAACUAACGACAAUAACAACAGAGAUAACAACAACAAAACCAAUAGCAAAAAAAUCAACAAGGGAGAUCCAUACAUUGCCGUCAGCUUUGUUGACUUUGAACCAAAAACAACCAAGGACACACGAAAAUGGUCCAUUCACAAAGACUACAGAGUCGUAUAUAGUAAACGAAAAAGCAAUUAAUCAAACAACUACAUUUAAUCUACGAGAGAUAAGUAUGGAUUUAAGUAUAGCAUAUUUGAUUUCAGCUAUUGUAGUGAUCGAAAUUAUUUUGACAGCCAUUGGUAUACAUUUUGUGAAACAACGUCAGAUGAACUUAAGGUAUCAUGGUGACGAGGAAGUCAACAAGAACACAACAAAUCCUUACUCUAGCAUAUCAAGAAACAGUGGUAAUGGAAACUAUGAAAUUAUGCAACUAAAUAAUGUCUCCAAUGAUCACAAUCUACGGCAAACUGAACACAAUGAGUGUACGUACAUUGAAGUUAUUGAACAUGAGUAUGACUACACAUAUGGAGACAUAGCACCAGUGAGUGUCAAUAUUCUGUGAAGAUUGAUUGCAUCAACCUAAAAAGUGCACUGGUCAACCAAAGAGGAGUUUUGGCAAAGCUUGACGAUAAACAACCUAAAGUCAAUCCUAAAUUUAAAUCGAUUUGGCGUAUAAAUGAAGAACUGCAUUGAUAUUUACAAUACAUAAUUUUAGUAGAGAUGAUAUAUAUGUAGUUGAUACGUGCUAAAAAAUCUCAUACAUAAAAACUUUUAAAAAAAUUUCCAACGAUUCACGAUUUUAAAAAUACUAGAUCGACUGAGAAGCACGUAACAAAUACAUGUAAUAUCUUAGUGACAUGAAUUUCCCUUUUAAUAUCAGAUUGAUAUUAGAUGUAUUAUAUCCAGAAGAUAAUAAUUUGUAUUUUUUAUAAAAGAGAUCGCCGU